GAUUGGAAUAUUCAAAGGUGACUGGGAAAGUAAGUGUGUGUGUGUGAGAGAGAGAUGGGGGGAACGAGGAGGGAAGUUAAGGCAGGGCUAGUGAGAAUGGUGGGCAGGCCCGACGCUCGUGCGCCUCACCCCUCUAUAUUGCAUAUCCACACCCAUCCAGACGCCUGUCUCCGGCGCAUGCGCACAACAUCUCACCUCGCAACUUCUCGCCCUGCACGCGCGCGAUCCUAAGUCGUGUUUUCAACACUGGAUUUGAGCUGUUAGAAAGUGGGAAAAAAGGUUUUGUGAACUGUGAUUUCUAGUGUAUAAAGACAGGGUGUCGCAGCACCCGCAUAGGGUGUCGGAACCCGUUAGUGACAGGAAGUCGCAGUUUGGCGGUUACUUGUUCUUGUUCGUCGGCGAGAGAGGGGUGAAAGUUGUUCCAAGUUUUGAGUGACAUUAUAGAGUAAGUCAAGAGAGCUGGGUGAGUUGACUUCACCCGCCAUAGCAUGGUGUUUUUUUGCCCAGGAGCAGAACAUAGAUUCUGACGGUUUCGCCAGUACAAGAAAUUCAUGGUUUUGCAUUUGUGGCAAAAAUUUCUCUCUGUAAAACAAGCGUGGCGAUUUAUAAAGACGAAGAUUUUAUGAACUUCAUUACUGGAGCCCAGUGGUGAAUUUGCUUCAUCCAUCUUGGUUUGUGAUUACAUAAUAUCCAUAUAAAUCAUACGACUUUAUAACAAGCCACUCAACUACUAAAAGUAAGACCAAAACAAAUAUACAAUUUUUCAAAGCAGUUUAGCUUUUUGAAACAAUUUUGCCAGUUUUGCCAGAGACUUAAAGACCUAGAAAAAGAAGGACCGGACAAAGACCUGUAAAUGUCUUUUUGAAAAACGCAGAAUAAAGUUAAUGUGGUGCCGGGUGUAAGGGUAGCUGAAAGACACUACCUACUGCACGAGGAUCAUGGACUACUCCUGUUUCCCUGGCGGCCCUGUCCGGAGUUUGAAACAGUUUUGCAGCGACAGCAGCAUGCCGGAAGGGGAUCUUUUCCCCAGCUACGCUCUGCCGAAAGACUCCGGCAGCAGCCACGACUACAGCGACAACGACAGCAGCGUGGACGACGACCUUCUUGACGACACCAUCCCCGCGCGCGGCAACUCUAGGUCCGAAAUCAACGAGAACUCCAUGCAAGACAAGGCCGACGACUUCUCCAUCACCGACGAUGGGACUCGCAAGUCGCAGGACGCUCUGGACGGGGACGGUGGUGGUAGUGGUGCUGGUGUCGAGAGAAAGAUCGGUUUGGAUGAUGAUUCGAAGUUCGGGAUUCUGUCGGAGGAGUACGGAACCGAGCGCAGCAGCGCCGGCAAGACGAAAGGUAAAUGCAGUCAUGGCGGAGGUAGUCAUGGCAUCGGGAGCAUCAACGCGGUAGGCGUGGGCUUGGUGGGGAACAAGGCGGUCCGCCUGAACAUCAACUCACGGGAGAGGCGCCGGAUGCACGACCUGAACGACGCCCUCGACGAACUGAGGGCCGUCAUCCCGUAUGCACACAGUCCGUCAGUCCGCAAGCUGUCCAAGAUCGCCACCCUGCUGCUGGCCAAGAACUACAUCCUCAUGCAGGCCAAUGCUCUGGAGGAGAUGCGGCGGCUCAUCAUCUAUCUCAACCAGGGUCCCACGGCCGCCGCCAUCGAGACCUACUCCGCGUACUCCAGGCUCCAGGCGCCGCCGCCUCCCAGUCUCUCGGCGGAGAAUCGGUCGCCGGUGUUCGCGCCUCGUCCCGCCUCUCCUGGUUGCCAGAGAUGUGUCAGCGAUGGUGUGUAGAACUUCUUUCUGUCUGGCACCAACACACCAACACCAUACCCAUCUCCGAGAUGCAACAAUGAGUGGAGUCCAGAAAUCAGUAAGUCGCAGUUCACCUAUUGACCUUUUAGUCUUUCUACAGAUGACUUUCUCGACGAGAGUGACAUAAGCUGAAUGUACGUUCACCUGUGGCCUGUGACCUGUGUGUGUGACCUCAAUGGACAGCACCUUGCAUCCGUGAAGACUGCAAUAACAAGACGAUGUUAUAUUGUCGGGAUCUCAGAUUUACAAAAGUGAUGACAGAUAACGGGAGACAAUGAUAUAGUUGAUGAAGGGUAAGAAGCAGGCCGCUGAAAAGGUUAAGCAGAGUGCUGCUUGGGAAACUUCACGACAGACCGUUCUUUUCCUCCGAGACAGACAUUGAACUGUUAAAACAUCUACAUCUCCAUCAACUCUUUCAUCUUCCACCAGUAACACCAUCGAAAAUCUGCUUAUUACUUUCAUCGAACUUUAACCGAUCAUAAAGUUGUAGACAAAAUGAAUCGAAGACCUUCCACAAAGUAGCUGAUGAAUGACUUCUAGUCCGAGGUUGCCAUGGUGAUGAGAUAAUUCUCAGAUGAAAGAAAGCUAUUGUGUGGGUGUGACUCCAGAACAAUCGUUCUCUGUGGUGCAUUCACAACUAACGGAUUUCCAGAUAGCGCCUGUACGAAAUGGACUAGACAACAAACAGAUUUCCAUUUGUUGCCAAAGACAGGGAAGUAAACAUUGUACUUUUGCUUGACAUGUUCAGUACGGGUGUGCGUCUGUUCGUGCAUGCAUGCGUUUGCCUGUAUAUGAAAGGAUGCUAGUUUUGGGUAGGGAAUGAAGGAAUAGAUGGAAGAAUGUACAAGCCUAUUUAUAAGUGUGUACAUGAACAUUUUUACUAAGUAUUACAUCAUAGAAGAUGCAACGGUGUCGUUAGGCUUUCAGUCCACAGUAUUUACGGUCGUAAAUAAUAAAAUAUUGUAUUGCUA